AUGUUCGAUGUGAUGUAUGUGCAAGUAUUCCAGGGCUUUGGAGCUUUCCCACCACAAAGUCAAGCUCAGCAGCAGCCUGCAUUCGCGCCAUCAUUCAAUCAACAGUCGCAAUUCGGCCAGGGACCACCGUCGGAACCAGCACCGCCAGCUGGUGGAGUUCCGCCGCCGUUCGCUCCACCAAUGGGUGGCUUUGCACCGCCUCCAAUGGGCGGACCGUCCGGAAUACCUGGAGGGAAUCCGUUUGCCCGAGGUCCUGGAGGUCCGGGAAUGUAUCGCGGUUCACCCUAUCAUCAGUGA